AUGCUGGCCACCCCCCUGCGCCGCGCCCAGCGGUCCCGGGCCCUCGCCGCGUCCAUCCCCGCCGAGGCCGACGCGCCGAAAGCGACGCUCUUCGAGACCUACACGAAGGUGUCGAGCGCUUUGACGAACCUCUUCCCCGUGUGGACCGUGCUCUUCACGGGGUGGGCGCUCGCGGACCCGGCGGCGUUCGCGUGGCUGACGACGCAGUACUUCACGGCGGGCCUCGCCGUGCUCAUGCUGUCCAUGGGCAUCACGCUGUCGCCCAAGGACUUCGCGCGCGUGGCGACGCGGCCCAACGCGGUGCUCCUCAACUUCGCGCUCUGCUACGGCAUGAUGCCCGUGCUCGGCUUGGGGCUGGGCAAGCUCUGGGGCCUGGACCCGGCCAUGGUCGCGGGCAUGGUCCUCGUCGGGAGCAUCAACGGCGGCCAGGCGUCGAACCUGUGCACCUUCAUCGCCAAGGGCAACGUCGCGCUGUCCGUGCUCAUGACGACGGCGACGACGAUCGGCGCGAUCUUCAUGACGCCCUUCCUCUGCAAGGCGUUCCUGGGGACGGUCGUGCCCGUCGACGCCCGGGGCAUCGUCGUCUCCACGCUCCAGGUCGUCCUGGCGCCCAUCGUGCUCGGCAUGACGCUCAACGCGAAGGCGCCGAAGCUCGUGAGCGCGAUCAAGCCGGCGACGCCCGUCGUCGGCGUCGUGUCGACGUGCCUGCUCGUGGCCGCGGCCGUGGGCCAGGUCGCCGAGCCCAUCCUCGACGCGGGCCUGUCGCUCCAGGUGCCCGUCAUGCUCAUCCACCUCGUCGGCGGCGUCGUCGGCUACUGGCUCUCGCGGCUCCUGGGCUUCGGCGAGACGACGAGCCGGACCAUGGCCAUCGAGACGUCCAUGAAGUCGUCGGCCUUUGGGUUCCUCCUGGCCAAGCUCCACUUCGGCGACUUCGCCUGCCGCGUGCCGUCGGCCGUGUCCGUCGUCUGGAUGGCGCUCACGGGCUCGUCCAUGGCCGUCGCGUGGCGCUUCAUGAAGGUCAACCCCCCCAAGUUCGACCGCAACGUCCGCGAGCGCUUCGAGAAGGUCGACGUCAUCUCCAUCGUCAAGCGGACGCUCGGCAAGAAGUAG